AAAAAUCGAAUUUAUUUCUCGGUUAAAUAGCCUAUAAACGUAAAGAAUUGGGUUAACAAGUGAAAACUUUUUUCCCCCUCCCGCUUGUUUCUGUCGCGAAUCACGUGGCUGCAAAUGCAUGCCAGGGGAUUAUGGGUAAUGGAGUUUGAAUAAAAAUAUCGGACGGAAAAUGAGAAUUAUAGAAAAGUAGGUUAUACCAUUCCAUCGACGAUGAAAGUAGGAAAAUUUGCUAAUUUCCUGAUACUAUUGUUGAGUUUACGACUUUCAAACGCAAACAAUGGCACCUACGAUUUCGGUAUGCCAGAUAAAUCAGUUACAGUAGAAGAAGAAAAGGAGAAAGGCGAUGACAAACAGGUGUGGAAGAAAUUCAAGGACAGGAGCCAAGAAUUCGUCAACAAUUUAAUUCGACAGUCUCUCCCUGUUAUGAUAAGAGUCAACUCCGAUUCCAAGAUGUCUCGUGAGUGCAGCACGGCCUUCUAUCAGCUGACAUUUGGACUGCAGAACAUGAAGAGUUGGGCCAUGAGGAUGUUGGAUUCUUCCGGUCGACCCCCGGCCGGUGUUCUGGAUGGUUCCUUUGUAGAUUACGGUGAUUAUGACGAGUGCCUUAACGUGGUGGUCAAGGACGAACGUCAGAACGAGGAGAAGUUUCGAGGUCAUUAUUGUCGUAUCAACAUCCACCCGUUGCUACCCAAAAAAGUCCCUCGUCUGACCCACAACACUCCCGUUUUGGAUUUUAGUAACUUCACUAAAAGAGAUUCGGUGUUAAGAGACAUUGCUAAAAAUGGUCCCAUGUUCUAUUUACUUUGGUUUCAAUACGGACUCUGUGUGCCCUCGCUUUGCACAGAAAAAGACAUUCAGGAAGUAAUGAACGUAGCUCUAAAAGAGUCUCCCAUGGUACCGGAAGUGGUCAACUGUCAGAAGAAAGAACCUAUCGCAUUCUCCACUACUCAAUUAAUUAUCACAGGAAUAUUUUCCGGUCUGGGCCUCCUCCUGAUAUUAGCCACCAUUUUUGACGUCAUCAAAAGAAGAGGAAAAGCCGCAGAAGGAAAAGACAUAUCGGAACCGAAUAAAUUGCACGAUUGCAUUCUUGCAUUCUCCCUUUGGACCAACUGGAAGAAGUUGUUAGAUACCAAACCCUCCACCGAUAACCUGGGAGUGAUUAAUGGACUCAGGUGUCUAACCAUGACGUGGAUCGUCCUCAUCCACACUUAUGGUUUCAUUAACAGAUACGCAAUGGCUCGACUUCAAGAGAUGAAGAAUUCGUUAGAUGAGAUCCCAUUCCAAAUCAUUUCAAAUUCUUGGCUUUCUGUUGAUACCUUCUUCCUCAUCGGGGGUGUGGUAGUAACGCACAGCACUCUAAAGUCCAUGGAUAAGACAAAUGGAAGCCUAAACGUCAUCCGUCACGCUGUUCGUAGAUAUUGGAGGUUGACACCUCCUGUAGCUGCAGCAUUAGGUUUCAUUCUUCUCUUCCCCCUGUUUGGUUCGGGUCCGGCUUGGCCCGAAGAAAUUAUAGGAGAGGCAAACAAGUGCAAGAAAAGGUGGUGGGGACCGUUGUUCGGAGUCAAUACCUGGGUCAAUAAAAACGAUAUGUGUAUGUACCAUACUUGGUACGUUUCUGCCGAUAUACACUACUAUUUGGCAGCACCCUUCAUUCUAAUCCCUCUAUACAAAUGGAAAACUUUGGGCUUGAUAUUAAUCAUCCUCUUCACUCUUGCCUCCAUGGUAACCACAGCAGUAAUCACCGCUUUGCACGAUUAUUAUCCAACAAUUCUCUAUUUAUUACCCGACGAAGAUUUCACAAUAGAAAUGUUAGACCAAGUCUACUCCAAACCCUACACCCACGUGGGAUCUUAUUGCGCCGGGAUGUUGAUAGGUUACUUAAUCUUACGUCAUCGCGAUCAUAAGUUAAAGCCCAUUUAUCAACUUUUGGGGUGGAUCGCCGCCAUUGCGUGCAACUUUGGCAUCUUAUUCGGAACGUAUAAUUGGAGCAGAGGGUAUUUACCAGACACUGCCACAGCUGUGAUAUAUGCUGCAGUACACAGAACGGGUUGGGCACUGACGGUGGGGUGGCUGGUAUUCAUAUGCGCCACGGGACACGGAGGUAUACUGAAUAGAUUUAUGUCGUGGAAGCCCUUCCUCCCUCUAAGUCGCCUGUGUUACUGUGUUUAUCUAAUUCACUUCCUGGCUCUCAAUUUACGCAACGGAUUUCGACGUCAGAGGUUUUUCUUCUCCCACUUCGACUUUGUGUACGAAUUUUUCGGUAAUCUCCUGAUGUCGACCAUCAUGGCGGUCGUAGCUUAUUUAGCAUUUGAAGCACCCUUUUCUGCGCUGGAUCCGAUUAUAUUUCCCAAACCCAAGCCAAAUUUCCCUAAAACAGUAGAAAUCCCUAAAAUUCGCACUAUAUCCGACUCUAAGGGGGGACCGCGCAUGAAUGGAAUCAACGGGCGCAUCACUUCCAUUCCCGAUUCGACCUGCCUUUGAGUUAAAGAAAACCGCCACCAGAUGGAGCCAUGUAAAAAGUAUUUUAAUUUUUUCACCGAGGAUGUCGAUGGUUUUUAUCAAAUUCGUGUGUGUGUCUGUCCCACUUGUAUUAUAUAAAGUGUACAUUUGUGUCACGCCAUUUUUAUAUCGAGUUGUGUAAGAAAUUACUUUUAAUUAAAUAUAU